UCAACAACACAUCGGUCGCGUCUCAACCGCGCGCCUCUAGGCGCAGUCAAAUGGCGCUUCUCCAGAGAGCCACGGCAACCAGUCCGACCAGCUGAUGGUAAUUAAGGUAUAAAGCGCUUUCCCCGAUAUAUUACUGUCUUUCUUUCUUAUGAUUCUGUAAGCUAUUAUUUUUUAUUUUAUAUGCGACAAAUGCGGACGUAUAUGAAGAUAUUGCGCUUAGUUGUGCGUGAAGCUGUUAUUCCUAUAACGGACUGACAACUGAUAGAUUCAUCCUAAGUGUCCCAGGUUGGCGCACCAUGAGCAGCUCUCGCUACGAACCCAGCUGGGAUGUGGACCUGGCGCCGCUUCUGUCCUGUAAACUGUGCCUGGGAGAGUUUCCCUUGGAACAGAUGACCACCAUCUCCCAGUGCCAGUGCAUAUUUUGCAGUCUGUGUUUGAAGCAAUAUGUUGAACUGCUCAUUAAAGAGGGCCUCGAACCGGCUAUUAGCUGUCCAGACUCUGCCUGCCCGAAACGGGGACAUUUGCUAGAAAAUGAGAUUGAGUGUAUGGUGGCUGCAGAGAUCAUGCAACGUUAUAAGAGACUCCAGUUUGAGCGAGAGGUGCUUCUGGAUCCUUGUCGGACCUGGUGCCCGUCGUCCUCAUGCCAAACGGUGUGCCAGCUGAAUGAAGCAGAGGUGCAGUUGCCGCAGCCGGUGCAAUGCCCUCAGUGCAGUCUGCGUUUCUGCUCUGCCUGCAGGGCGGACUGCCACACUGGCCAGGCAUGUCAGGAGAGCCUGCCAAUUACCACCUUCCUGCCUGGGGAAAACGGUUUCAACAUCAAGAGCCUGGAGGACGAGGCUCCGAUCAAACGCUGUCCUAAAUGUAAAGUGUACAUUGAGAGAGAUGAAGGCUGUGCCCAGAUGAUGUGUAAGAACUGCAAGCAUGCCUUCUGCUGGUACUGCCUGGAGUCAUUGGAUGAUGACUUCUUACUGAUCCACUAUGAUAAAGGUCCGUGCCGGAACAAACUGGGACAUUCCAGAGCCUCCGUCAUCUGGCAUCGGACGCAGGUUGUUGGGAUCUUUGCUGGCUUCGGUCUGCUCUUGCUAGUGGCCUCCCCUUUCCUUUUGCUGGCUACUCCAUUCGUCCUCUGCUGCAAAUGCAAGUGUAAACGUGGCGACGACGACCCUCUUCCUACCUAGAGCUCAGUUUCGGCUUCAGGAGGCGACUUGCAUCUCGUUUGGAUCAACUGUGAUCCCGUCUCACCUGAUUCUCCUGAGCACACUUUGCAGGGGCAUUGGUGAAAGACUUGUCUGUCCGUGAGACUGCACAUCUCAGUUGCAUUCAAAUGUUGACUUGCAUUGAAAGGUGUAAUGGAGGAGCAGAGAAGGUGAUUGGAUAAGCCAUCGGAGUUAAACACAUCUGUAAUGUUUGGAAGCAAGCACUUUUGUUUCC